UCGAAGUCAAUGCGCAUGUCAACUUGAAAAUUGCAAAUGGCGGCCGUUGUUAUUGUUCGUACCGAAUUAUCUAUUUGUAAAUUAUAUACUAAUCUUUUUAGCGAUUUUUCUACUGAUCAGUAAUAUUGAGACGAUGCUUUAACUUCUCGUAAUUCGGCAGGACACGUUUUAUGUACAAUUUUAAGUGUUUUGAGUGUUUUUUCAGUAUUUUAUGUGUGUCAUGCAAAUGGGGUAAGCUGGAAUUAUCAGACGUCGCUUAGGUUGUUUUGGACAGUUUCAAUAAGAAAAUGGAGUGAACUUCUGUGACAUUUUGUGUGAAAACGGAUGCAGUAUAGAGUUAACCAACUUUUGCGCUACGUAUUACAAGUGGCGAGCCCAGAGAAGAGCAGUAAUUCACCAAUGUUCCAUGCCGUGACUGAACACCCCGAACAUUUCAAAAUGGCUGCUGCUUUUCACGAUAUAUGAGCUUUGCGUCACUGGAACAUAAAUCCGUGGAUUCGUUCGAUGAAGAGAUUCGCGAUCGUCUAGUUGUGUGAUUACGUGUGAAAAGCGAAAAAAAUACUGUGAACAGUUGUACGUUGGCCUCAAUAGUGGCACGGGGGUGUUGUAUCAUAUGUUUUUGGAGUAGUGGUCAUCGGACAUAGGACCUAUAUUCCCUUGCAACCGAGCCGGAUUGAUGUCGCGUUUGAUAUUCCGCGAUGAUUUUGGACAGGGGAGAAUAGAUCUACGGAGGAAUUGAACGGAAUGUGACAUUGUAUGAGAGCAUGGCAGCGGACAGCGACGGCGCGGGCGCGGAGGCGGCGGCGGGCGCGCGCGUCGUGGUGACGUGCGAGGGCGACCUGCACGACCCGAGGUUCCCCGCGCGCCUGCGCCGCCUCCUCAAGGACCUGCGGGCGUUGCUGGCCGAGCCGAGCCCGCACACGCUCAAAGUUAACAAGGUGGAACCGUGGAACUCAGUGCGCGUAACCCUAUCGGUGCCGCGCGCGGCGGCGGCCCGGCUGCGCGCGCUCGCCGCGGCCGGCGCGCCUCAGCUCCGAGCCCUGGGGAUCCUGUCGGUGCAGUUGGAUGGGGACGCGGCCGUGAGCCUGCGGCUACAGCAUGGCGCGGAGCUGACGAUUAAUACUACUGAUGACGCGACAACGUCGGCCGCCCGCCCACCAGCGGAGCUCAUAGCCGGGCUGGGCGGCAUUGGACGCCUACUAGAAGGGGACGCCACCGCAUCUGCAUCCACAUCCACCCCAGCUGAGACCCCGGCGUCCACGUCCAGAGAUACCCAGUUCAAGAGCCCGAAUACUGUGUGUCCGAUGGAUGGCAAGAUCCCGCAGACGAUACCGACGCCGGCGGCGGACCGCUGCGAGUAUCCGUUUGGGAGCAUGACGCAGGCCCGGGUUAUACAUCGGAAGGAGAACACGCUAGGCGUCCGCCCUACAGCGCCGGAAGCGUUCCCCUCGCCCCCCUUCCCGCCGCCCCCGUACCGCGCGCCGCCGCCCAACGUGGCGCAGUCGUCGCCUCUGUUAGUGAACCUGCUGCAGAAUGAUGCGCCCGCGCCGCCGCGGCCCAAGCCGCCGGUUAGACGGGAGGGCAUGGAUGAUGGAGUUGGACAGUCGUCCAACGUGGCGCAGUCGUCGCCUCUGUUAGUGAACCUACUGCAGAAUGAUGCGCCCGCACCGCCGCGGCCCAAGCCGCCUGUUAGACGGGAGGGCAUGGAUGAUGGAGUUGGACAGGCCGAGAUCCAGCGCACAUUCGAGUACCGCGCCCCCCGCGCGCGCGCCCCGCGGCCUCCCCCCGCGCGCCGCCCGCCCCCCCCGCGCGCCGCGUACCGCGCCCCCGCCCCGCGCCGCCCCGCCUAUCCGGAGGGGUUCGCGCCGCCGCCGCCGCCCUAUAGGAUGCAGCCGGCGGGGCAAGUGCGGCAACGUCCCCCCGUGGCCUCGGUCUCGCAACCUCGAGUCACACCAGAAGACCUCAGCGCCUUACUACCACCGCCAGCCAACUCCAUGGACCAGAAGACCCAGUCCAGCGUGCAGGAGUUCCAGCGAUACCAGCAGCAGUACAACGCGAGACAGAUGGCGGCGAGUCGCAGCCACGCCCCUGACUGGAACGAGCCCUACCGGGACAUCGGACUAGCGCUGGCGGACUUACCCGACAACUGCGAUCUAGAUCAGCUGUUGCCGACCCUAGAUGCAGACCUAAAUUUAGAUGAUACGGCCCUCUCGGCGAUUUCGGAUCUAGAUUCGAAUGCGAAGCUGGAUUUGCUGUACGAUCAGAAUCAAGAUAAUAGCAAUUCGGCGACGCCGGAUUCGUUAUUACAAGAGAUAACGGGGCCGUUUACUAACGCGACGGUGAACGGACCGUACAGUUCCGAGCCCGCGCCCAGCACCAGCGUGCAGACAGACAAUGUGCCUUCGGGGUCGAAGAGCGAGGCGAAACCGAGCGAGGUGUUCAUGCCGCCGCCGCCGCCGCCGCUCGUGCGGCCGCCCCCGCCCCCCGCCAGCCCCUCCUACCCCGCCUUCAAGUCGCCGCCCGCCGCGAGCUCGCCCGGCGGGUCCAUGCCGCCGCCGCUGCGCCUCCCCGCGCGCCCCGCGCCCUGCACCGCCACCGUCGGCUCGCAAGCCACACAGCAGGAGAUCGAGGAGCAGAGCAAGCAGUACCUGAUCAAGACCCUCAUGCGGGACGACGACGCGCCGCCGCCCAAGGAGCAGGAGAGGAAGGAGGAGGUCACCGUCGCGCAGUGCAAGCUCCCUGACAACAGGCUGGCUGAGACCGGCACGGAGCCGGUCAAGGAAACGGAAGACAGCAAAAAGGCGGAAGAGGAGAAACUAAAAAGGCUAGCCAAGAAGGAGGACAAGCUAAUAGCGCAGAAAGGAGGCAAGCCGCGCGCGGGCAGCAAAGAGAAGCCCGCGAUACUGAAGGACAAGAUCGUCCGCGACCCCAAGACUACCAAAGUUGCCUUAAGUCGACCGGCUGCGAACAAGCCGGCGACGCCCCCGGAGGCGCCCAAGUCUCCGCCCGGAGAGAAGGAGUCGAUAAAACUCAGGUUAAAGCUGGACAAGAACGAGCCCGUUGUACAGCCGGUGUAUAAAGCGGACGUGAGCUUCGUGAACCAGCAGCAGAAGAACGACAAGACGGAAGGAGAGUUGCGGGUGCCGCCGCUACACAUCUCCCUGCGAGGCAGGAACUCGGCCGUCAUCAAGAACUCCAAGAAGGAAAAGAAAAAGUUCCCAAACUCUAGCGAUGUGCACUCGAAGAAGAUCAAGAUUAGGAAGUCGUCGGAGUCCGAUGAGAAGUCGCAUAGGAGGGAUUCAGAUGAGUCGCUAGCGACCAAGUCGAGCGACAGCACUGAGAACGCGAAGACUGACGACUAUCUGCAUGUCAAGAGCAUCAAACUCAACAACCAUUAUACUGAGGGUGAAAACAAGACGGAGAUACCCGGUGAUAAUAAUGUCGUCUACAGAAUGAAGUCCAUCUCGAAGAACGCUCACAUCGUGACCAAGGCCGCGCUGGACUACAAGCUACUCAACAAGAUGCAGAGCCUUGACGGCAUCAAGAUCAAGAAGAAGUCCAAACUGAGCGAGACGGGCAAGUCCACGGACAAGACGGAACGGGACACGGAGUGGAGGAACGACCUGUUAGAAAAAGAAGGCAAGUACGCUCAGAACGAGGGCUACAGAGAGCCAAACAACCACGAGAACAAGAAGAAGUUACCAACCACCCCCAAGCCCGGGGACAAGGAUAGGAUAUGUGAUAGUUUAAAGUCCAGUGAAGUUACAGACGAGGGUAACAGUGUGCAAAAAUCGGGUGCUAUAGACGAUAUCAUGCUCAAGUGUAACCAACGGACAGUAUUGGACAGUGCGGACGGUACGGAGGAUGUUAAACAUAGUGACGGUGAUAAUAAGUUGAAAAGGACACUCGCGGAUAGUGCUAUAACCUCACCCAAUGGACUGAUCGCCUCAGAGAAGAAGCGGAAGGUCAGCCACGGAUCCUGUCCAGAUCCUCCCGGAUCCACCAACGUAGGCACUCUGGGGGCGGAGUCCCCCCCCGGGCCGCGCGCGCCCGGCGGCUCCCCGCGCCGGCGGGAGCGGCCCAAAGACAAGUCGUACUGUAAGCUCAUGGCGGAGCGCGCGCGCCCCGACGCCGACAAGUUCGCCAACCGGUCGCCCAACUCGCAGGCGCAGGGCGAGGACUCGGGCAUCGAGUCCAUGGACGCGUUGUCCGAGAAGUCGCCCAACCAGGCGAGCCAGUCGCCGCCGGGCCCGCAGCGCAAGGAGCGGCUCGAGCUGCCGUCCACGUCGCCCACCUCCGUGCAGCGCAUCAUCGGCGUGGCGCCGCGCUACGAGCCCGACCCGCGCCUGGACCACAUGGCCGACAUCGAGGCCGAGCUCGCCAAGAUGCACGCCGACCACAACGGCGACCCCCCCGAUGCCAAAGACCCGCCGCGCGAGCCCACGCCCAUCCUGCGCGACAAGGAGCAGCCGCUCGACCUCACGGGCGCCGCGGCCCCCCCGCCCGACCCCGCACACGACCCCGCCGACACCAAGAAGGAAAAGGUCGAGGACUUCGACCUGCCGAGUAGAGGCACCCCCCCGCUGUACACCUACUCCAACCAGGAGAAGGUGAACGACGCGCUAGAACUCAAGGAGGAGAAGGCGUCGAUAGCGGAAAACGGAGACACGAAACUAGAACCACAGGAGAAGGAGAAAGUGGAGCCGAAAAUCGAGCGGUUGCCGCUGAAAGCGGACUUUCCCGAUAAAAGUUUACUCGAACAGCUGCUCAUAGAGAUCCCGACGCCGGACUACGCCAAGCGGCCGGAGUCGCCGUCGCCGUCGGCGCUGGAGCGCGUGGCGCGCAGCAGCGUGCGCACGCGCAGCAGCAGCAAGAUGAACAGCCCCGCCGACGGACCCAAGACGCCCCGCCUGAGCCCCGGACUCAACAAACUGGACAACCGCUCCGACUCGCCCCUACAGCCCCGUAACUGUCUCAGGAGCGGGUCGGUCGACAAGACCAGCCCGCGCACGAUAGCCAACGCGCCGCCCGCCAAACCACCAGUUAAACGAAAGCGGAGGGAAAGCGAAAGCUCCUGCGCAUCAACCCUGAGUUGCGAGGAAGGAGUAUCCCCAGGACGACCGAAGAAAAAGCCUCGCAAAGUGGAAGGCGCUAAGCCGACGGUCGGGCCGGACGGUAAAGUGAAAAAGGACAGUGACAGUGACAGUGACGAGCCGCUGAUAUGCAAAGUGCGGGGCAAGGGGGGCAAGACCAUGAAGGUGGCGGUGAAGGCGGGCGCGAAGGGCGCGGAGGGCGUCGGCACGAGGCGCUCCGUGCGGCACGGCCCGCCGCCCGCCCCCGCGCCCGCGCCCGCCCCGCUGCCGCCCAACAACACGCCCGUCAGGCGGAAAACUAGGAGUGCUGUGGGCGAAGGCGCGAUCCCGACGCCGGGGCUGGUGCGGCGGCGGCGCGCGUCCCGCGACGGCAAGUGACGCCGGCGCCGGGCGCUGCGCCCGCCCUCGCCGCUACACCUACACGCACCGCUCACGCCACACAUUUUAUGAAUCUCAACGUUUGUAAAAUCAACAGUGCAAUAUGUUUUUCAGUGCAGAGAUCUUGACUCUGGAGUGCGUGUGUAAGUGUGCGCGUGUAAGGGCUCUGUGAAGCCUUCGUUUUUAAUUAGGGAACAAAUGUUACCAUUCUCUGUAAACGCACUCGGUUUCUUUAAGUGUAAGUUUUGUUUCACGUAAUUAUGGAGUAGUGCAGUUAAGACACACCGGCGGCGACCCGUUGCGAAGUUUUCAAGUCAAAGUGUGAUAGCCUUAGCUAAGUAAAUUAAUAAAUUGAAAGAUUGUAUCGCUGUACAGCUGAACGUUUGCGUCGCCACAUUGUUGAAUAGAUUAAACCGAUAUUGUAAUAAAAGAGUAAAUGAAAUAAAUGUGCAUAUAAGAUUUUUUUAAGAUAUUUUCGUACGGUUUUGCACGUAAUGAAUAAUGUUGCGAUAUUUGACGCCGCGUCCGUCUGUAGGUUUGAUUUGAUGGUUUGGCGGGAAGGUGACACCAUUUUGUGUUUAAAAACUUGAAAACAUAAUUAUAAUUUUAAGAAUUCUACCCGGUUUAUUGCUAUAAUUUGGAAUCACUGUAAUCAAAUUAAUUUAUGGAGGUAUUUUCGCAGCUCGCCAAACCAUUGCGUGGCUGCGUUGCGUUAGCGAUUUAAUAUUUAGGAAUUCACGACCAAUAAUUGUAAUUUGAACGAUUGAAAUGUACGUUCAUAAGGAUUCUAUUUUUGACCAGCGUAAGUUAAACAUUUAAACACAUAAAUCAUGAAUUAAUUAAUCAAUUUAAACUUGAAUUCCAACGACAUCCUAUAUUGUUGCCAUAAAUCUUAGAUUUAUAUUUUCCUUAGAAACAUAAAACCUUAAUUUUAAACAUAAGGAACCACUUAAGUUAUUGUUGUACUUUUUAUAACUAUUUUAUAGUCUAAUUUACGUUGGUCAGAUCUUAUUGUGACUGAUAAUUUUCAACAGUUGUCUGUUAGGGCUUCCAGAUUAUAACACUUUCGUUUACCGAUGCCCCAAUUUGAGUUCCCUACAUAACUUACCUUACUUAAUUGUUUUUGACCUAUUUAUUAUUUAUUUCGAAUCAUGGAUUUAACCAAAAAUCUUUAUAUUACACCAGUGACGUUAUUUUUUGUAGACAUGAUAUCAUUCGUUUUAUAUUAGACUCAUUUGCACUGUAUAUAGAAAGAUAUACUUUUUUUUAUAGACAUUAGACACAUAGACACCAAUGCAGAUUUUAUAAAUAUUUGCAAAUAUUUGAUUCACCUUGCGUUAUUUAAAAUGCAUUAAAUUAGAUGGACCCUUCAAAUUAUUUUUAAAGCUAAAUUCGUGACAUUAAAGAAUUAUGGACUUGGUUUUCUGAGCGAUUAAAUUAUUUUUAAAUUCUGAUCUUGUUGUUCCUACUGAGGAAUACUCUAAGCAAUAAUACAAGGAUGUGACUUUUUUAUAGUUAUUUUGACAUGGCUUUUUAAACUUCCUUUUGCCUCAACAAUACAGUAUUUCUUACUAUAACUUUUAAAUUUGUCCCCAUUUGUUAUACUGUCCUAUCCUAGUAUCCCUACUUUAAAAAAAAACUUUGAUGUUACUUGUUAGAUCAACAGUGAUAGCGCUACAAUACAAAAAGUACUAGUGUGUAUGUAGUAUGAUAGUAGUAUAAUACAUACAUCGCCUGAACUAUGUGCCCUUUAGUGUGCCGCGUGUAUAGCUGUGUGUAAUGUGUAUUGCAUUAUUUCUAUGUGUAAGCGUGGAGCCCCAUUGGUGCGUUGAGCCGCGUCGACUCAAAUGAGCUGUCAUAAAAACUUGCCGGUUCUUUGGGACGGCGCGACGCAACGCACCAAUGGGGCCUCACCCUAAUAGUGUUAAGGGCGCGAAGGAAAAGAAGCGGAAGGCGGAAGCACGCUGUAUAGAAAAACAUGUUUUUUUUCUCAAAAUCAUAUCGGUACAGACCGGUGUACAAUUGUAAAUGUUUAUGUAUAGACGAGAAAAUUAAUAUAAUAUGUUACAUGUUAAGAAUUGUUUUUGAACGUUUUUCAAUAGUUUUCGGGUGGUUUGGGUGUAAAUAGUGGCGCCGGAGAUAGAACAUUGAGGAGCGACUCCUGUAGGAAUGCAAAAGCCUUAUACUGUAAUUUAAAAAGUAUGAAUGUUGCAAGCUUGUAAAAUAUAAUUUUAAUAGAGGGAACUGUCUGAAUAAGCUGUAUAUUGGGUGUAUAGUUAUCCUUUAGACAUUUGUUUUGUUUUUUUUCACUUAUUGAUAGUAAUUUAUGCUGAUAAAAAUAUCUAUAUUAUACAUUUAUAUACAUAAGAGAAGAGAAAUACAAAUAGUUUUAACACUAUACAUAUAGGUUAGGGGUAACACCACACUUCAAAUAGCUAUAGUUUUGGUAUGUAAACAUUAUAUAACGUGUAUAUAGAUUGCAGAAUAGUAAAUGAAAAGAAUUGAUACAAUAAAAUUAACUUUAUGUUAUUGUAAUAUUUUGAAUAGUAUGUGUUGAGGGGUUAUCGCAUCGCUACGAAGCGACAUAGACAAGGCGCCUGUACAUUUUUUGUUGCUGGCAAUUAUUAUAAAGAUUCGUCUACCCAUUUUUUAAGUGCAUUAUUUUUUUCUGUAAGUUGCUUUCUCUGUCGUUUGAACAUUAUUUUUAAAUCAUAUAAACUACGACGAGUCAUGGUGGAUUAUUAUCAUAUUAUUAUGAAUGAAAAGAAAUAAGGAAUAUUAUUGUUCUGCUAUUAUUAAAUUUGUAAAGUUAGUUUAUUAAUAAAUGAAUAAAAAAUA